AUGGAGAAUGAAGCGCUCAGGGAGCAGUAUCAGCAGAUAGGAGCCGGGUCGAACGGGUCACGAUUGGAUCAGGCGGAGACACGCAGUCGUCUGACAGACACAAGAACCCAUCUUCUCGGAAUAUCUAUAAUGGAAGAAGCUUCAAAUCCAGACCCCCUUCUUGCAUCCCCGCUUCAGGUGAACCCGACCGAACAAAAGGAGACAACAAACAAACACAAUUAUGGGGUAGAGACAACAGCUUACCAACCCCGAGGAACGAACACAUACCGACCGCGAAUAGGAAACAAAGGAAGAUUCAAUCCAAAUCUGGAAGCAGCCCCGCCAUCACCCGGGGGACAAGGCCGCAAAGCAGGAGACGACGUCCUGCAGGAAGCCAAUAGCUGUCAACCGAGCCUCAGUGACGUGGCAUCAACGUACAGGAGCCACAGGGCCGAACAGCGUACACUUGGCGAUGCAAUCAAUCAAGAACGGAGUAAGGGACGUUUUGUAUGCAGACACGCGCCCUCAACUCCUCGAGUUAAUUAG